AUGGUGUCCGCCGCGGUCGAGCUUCUCAAUUACUCCCUUUCUCUAAAAUUCCUGGUUGGAACUCUUGCGGUCUUGGUUCUGAACAUUGUUUUUCGAGCACAUCAAAAUGCUCUGUCGAAUUAUCCCGGACCAUGGAUUUCCAAAUAUACUGACCUUGUCGCGAAAUAUUAUUUCCUCUCAGGCACUAGGCCACGCUAUGUACAUGCACUUCAUAUGAAAUAUGGUCCCGUCGUCCGAGUCAGCCCCUAUGAACUGGACAUUUCUGACAUUGAUGCCGUUAAGGAGAUUCAUCGUGUGGGAGGGCGAUAUCUAAAAUCGGAAUUCUACGAGAAUAUCGGCCAUCGAAGCUUGAAGACAUUGUUCAGCACAACUGACCCAACCCAUCAUGCAAUUCGACGACGACUACUGUCCGCGGGCAUGGCACGCAAUAAUCUCACUCAAUUGGAGCCAAUAGUUAUGGAGCGAGUACAGCUGACCAUUCGCCGUAUGGGGGAAGAGAGCCAAAAACGCGGAGUUAUUGAUGUGUUCAAAUGGUGGACGUUCAUGGCGACAGAUGUAAUCGGUGAAUUGAGCUUUGGAGAAUCCUUCCGGACGUUAGAUAAGGGUGAAAAAACUCAAUACAUCAAAGACUUGGAGAACAUCUCCUCCUUCAUGGCAAUUCGCACCACUUUUCCGACUUUGCUUCGAUACGCGCAAUUUCUCCCAAUUUUUCCAGUUCUCAAAAGAGUUUCUGCCGCCGGUCAAAGAAUGUUUCAAUACGCGCAGCAAGCCAUUGGCCGAUACCAAUCAAUGCUUGAGCGUGAUCCCGAUCCUAAGCAGACUCUCUUUACAAAAAUGUUCAAAGGCGGCUCUGAGGGACUUACACAGUUUGAGAUUACGUUGGAAGCCGGUGGUUAUAUAGUAGCAGGCAGCGACACAACUGCUAUCACAUUGACCUAUCUUGUAUGGGCGGUUUGCAAGAGACCCUCAAUACGUGAUCGAUUGGUGGCCGAAGUUAAAAACUUACCAGAGGAUGUGAAGGAAAAGGACCUACGUGACUCACCAUAUCUGAAUCAGGUCAUCCACGAAGCCUUGCGGCUGCAUUCAGCGGUCCCUAGUGCUUUGCCACGAGCUGUGCCGCCUGAGGGAGCUACUUUAGUUGGCUACAAUAUUCCAGGUGGUAUUACGGUGUCUACGCAGGCAUAUUCUCUGCAUCGUAACCCAGAAAUCUUCCCAAAUCCAGAAACCUUUGACCCUAGUCGAUGGGAGAAUCCGUCAAAAGAGAUGAAGAAUAUGUUCAUGCCAUUUGGAGGCGGUUCUAGAAUUUGUAUCGGCAUUCAUCUGGCGUGGAUGGAAUUACUGCUGGCCACUGCCCUUUUCUUUCGCACAUUUCCUAACGCGUCCAUUUCCAAAAAAGAUGGAAUGUGUGACCAGGAUAUGGAAGCCAAGAUGUUUGUACUUGUAUCACCUAAAGGACGACGUUGCUUGAUUGAGACUUGA